AUGCGUCCUCCAUCACAAUACAAUGAAGAAAUAGGCCCAGAAGCCGAAAGUGAACCAGACCCAAGACUUAGUGCAAUGUUGAUUUGUACUAGGCUUGCAGGAAGAGCUGUUACUAGGGUUAUAGAACGGUGUAAUGAUGCUAAAGAAAAUAGUGAACUCAAUCUCUCAGAUUGCCAAUUAAUGCAAGUUCCUGACGCAGUUUACCAUCUAAUGAGACAUACUGAAUUAAAAAUCUGUGAUCUAAGUAAUAAUGUAAUUACAAAAAUACCACCAAAGUUUGCCAUAAAAUUUAGUCUUAUAACAGAUUUAAACCUAUCACACAAUCAGAUGUCAAAAUUACCAAAUGAAUGUGCAGAUCUUAAGUGCCUCGAAAGGCUGGAUAUAUCUCAUAAUACAUUUAUCUCAAUUCCUGAUUGUAUUUUUAAGAUACCUCAAUUGGUUCACCUAAACUCCAGUAAUAAUCACAUAGUGGAUAUAGAAAUAAACCUUCUUAAAGAGGCUCCAUCUUUACGAGAAAUAAAUCUUCGCAAGAAUCCUAUAUCGCAAAAUAGUCAUGAAGAACUUUCCAACAUUUCCCAUAUAAAUAUAUUGCUUACACCAAGAGAAAAAGAAGAGUGGGAAGACUUAACAAUUUGA